AUGAGGCACCACGUGCUCGCGACUCUCUCCGUGCUGCACGCUGCAGCGCUCUAUUUGUUCACCACCGGCUUCUUCCUCACUCGCUUCGAAGUCCCGGACGUGAGCACGUGCCAGACGCUCCCAUCUGAAACCGGUAUCGCUCUCCCGCGCCUCCGUCGCGGUCCUGAUAGCAACGUAUCGACGACUGACGGUGCUAUCCAAAACGGCUGCUGGAUGCCCCGCCGCUUCCGCCGCAUUGUUUUUGUGGUAGUUGAUGCACUAAGGUACGAUUUCGCAGCAACUUCGACAUCAAGUGGCAAAGAGCAAUCGACGUUCUAUAGCGACCGUCUGCCAGUCUUCAAUGAGACGUUAAUGAACGAGCCAGGACACGCGGUACUGCUCAAGUUUGUGGCUGAUCCACCGACAAUGACGAUGCAACGUCUGAAGGGGUUGACGACUGGAUCAUUGCCGACGUUCUUGGAUAUUAAAGACAACAUGGCCUCAAGCAGUCAGAUUGUCGAAGACAAUUUGUUGAGGCAGCUGCGCGCACAGCACCGCGGUGUCGUGUUUAUGGGCGAUGAUACGUGGGAUGCGCUCUAUGAGCGCGAAUUUACGAGGACAUAUGCUUUUGACUCGUUUAAUGUCAAAGAUUUGCACUCGGUAGAUCGUGGCGUGAUGACACAUUUGUUCCCUGAGCUCGAUAAGAUGGAUUGGGACUUGCUUAUUGCGCACUUCUUGGGGGUUGACCAUGUUGGACACACACAUGGACCUAGCUCUGUCUUUAUGGCUCAAAAGCUGGACGAGAUGAAUGGCGUGUUGUCAAACCUGGUGCAGUAUUUGAAGAACAUGCCAGGUGGAGAAGACGUGCUGCUCGCUGUUCUGGGAGACCACGGCAUGUCGGCUGACGGCAACCACGGUGGGGCUAGCGACGACGAAACUGGGGCGGCGCUUUUUCUAUACAGCAAGGCACCGCUCGUUGUUGUCGAGGAAGAAGAUAGGGAGGGUGAAAACGAGCUCCAGAAAUACGCAAAAGUACUGCGCGAUAGCGUGCGAGAAGUGCCACAAGUCGACCUUGUCCCCACGUUAGCACUAUUGAGCGGCUUGCCAAUUCCUUUUGGAAACCUCGGGAGCGUUAUACCGUUGCUGUUUUUCGUGCCUUCUGCGUCAUCUGAUGCAGAUACAAACCGAGCGUUAGCUGCCUUUCAGACCCUGAAUCGCGCGUUGCGACUAAACCUUGAUCAGGUGCGGCGUUAUCUGCUCAGGUACUCAUCCGCGUCCAAGUUGCCUGAAAGAGCAUAUGAUCAGCUCGAAAGGCUUUUUGACGAGAUCGUGCACGCUGAAGAUCAACUUAAACGAGUGCAAGAUAGCAAGGAAACUCUUCCUUUGUCGCAAGCUGAUCUUCUGCUACUACUGCGUCUUCACGACGAUCUGUCUAAACAACAUCAACACUACCUGCGUGAAGCCCUAUCGCUAGGCCGUUCUAUCUGGACGCAGUUUGAUCUGUGCAGUAUGGCUUGGGGGCUACUACUUCUUUUAUGGGCCUUCAUCGUUGGCACUAUUUCAACUCGUGGUGGCAAUGCGCAUUCUAUGUCGUGGAGUCUUCGACUAGGUGUUAUUGCUGGGAUGAGCUGCGUGCUUUUCGUUUGUCCAGCAAGUAUCAACCUGCCGCUUCUUCCAGCAGCCCCGUUCUCGCGUGGCCUGGUUGCCCUAUCUUGCACUGGUCUGGCACAUAUGACUGCACACCUCGCGGGUCAGCGCAAGACAUACACGGGCAUUCGAGGAACAAUCGCAAAUGCGGGGUCGACGUUGUCUCCGGUUUCGGGGGCUUGGGUAGUGUCCGCUGCUAUUGUGGUGAUCCAUGCGCUAGCUCUGCUCUCCAACAGCUACAUUGUGACAGAGAACAACGUUAUGCUGUACUUGUCACAAACCACUGGGUUCUUCUUACUUGCGUGUGCCCAGCGCAUGGAUGCCAACCGGAGUGCUGCUACGAGUGCCGCGCUAGCUUUCAUCUUCGCAACGCGAUUGGGCAGCGCAGUAGAGCCGCCCAAUAUUAUCAAGGCAUCUGCGACUUUGGGGCGAACGUUUGCUCCACUGGCUGCUCUUGCUGCUCUUGCUGUUGGCUCUUCUGUGCAGGCAGCCAAACACACCAGACACGAGCUCUCCCUCACGGGUCGAUUUAUGCUGACAUCAUCGAUGGUGAGCUACUGCAUGUGUGCAAUCUUUUGGGCUGCUUCGCCCAUCCGAAUUACCUUCUGGCGACUCUGGCUGCCGCGAUCCGUUUAUUUAAUCUUCCUGGGAACGCUCCUUUGCCUGCUGUCACGCACAGUGCCGCAAAUUACGCGAACGAAUUCCAGUGGACAAACCCGACAGCCGACAUCUGGCAACUUGCUGUUGGUCUGGCAGUUUAUUCCAGCGUUCGUGCUAGUACUGGGACCUACAUCUCCGUUGUCGGUAUUAUGUCUAGUGGUACAGUACCUGGGCUUGUCAUUCAUCGCCUCCUGCCAUCGGUCCGUUUUUCCAGCAUCAGUUGAUACCACAACGCCAUGGGUACUGAUCUGGGCUUCGUGCUCCUACCAAGCGUUUUUCACAACGGGCCAUGCAAACACAUUUACGAGUCUGCAAAAUGCCGCUGGCUUUGUGGGCUUUGACAACUUCAGCUUUUAUGGUGCAGGCGUGCUUCUCGGCCUCAACACGUUCGGCUGUUUUGCGAUAGCCGUACUGGCGCUGCCUUGGUUGACAUUGAACCGACUGUCUGAUGGGCGCACAAUGGCUCUUGCUUUCUCAGCCUACUUUGUUCUCAACGCAUUGAUAUCAACGCUGUUCGUCGCACUCCAACGACGGCAUUUGAUGGUAUGGGCCAUCUUUGCGCCCAAGUUCAUCUUCGACGGAGUGUCCCUGCUGGUCGUGGAGUUUUUGCUGAUUCUACUGUAUGCACCAUUCUCAGAGUAUACUCAGCGAAGUCACAUCGAUUCGAGUGAAUAA